AUGUCUUCGAGCCUGGCAGGCAGAGCAUACAUUGUCACGGGAGGAGCUGCCGGUAUCGGUCUAGCGGCCGUCCGGAAUCUCCUGAACCUUUCAGCAACUGUUCAUGUAGUUGAUAGAGUCACGAACCCGCCAGAUAUUUUUGCGGGCCGCGGACAGCUACACUUUUAUCCAGCAGUUGAUGUGAGUUCUCGAAGCGCAGUGGGAGACCUGUUUCAAGCCAUAUCCGGCCGCACCCCAUCUAUCCACGGCCUCGUCAAUGCGGCGGGCGUUUCUCCGUCGGGCAAUUACGAAAUCGACGGCCAUGGUUACGCAAUCGAGAAGGACGCGACCUAUGAUCACAUCAUGGAUGUCAACUCACGCGGGACCUGGAAUGUUACCAAUGAACUGCUUCGUUAUACUCUUUCUCGGCAACGCGGAGAUGGAGACAACAUCAGCAUCGUCAAUAUCGGGUCCUUGGCGGCUUUGGCAGGGUUUCCUACCAUGACGGCAUACACUGUCAGCAAGCAUGCUGUGCUCGGCAUGACUAGGACAUGGGCGUUGGAAUACGCUCGCCACGGUAUCAGGGCAAACAUGAUUGCCCCAGGGCUUAUAAAGACGCAGCUCGACAUGCUUGCUCGGGAUACCGACGACGAGCGGGGAGUUGUGGCAAAGGCUUGGGAGGAGUCGAAUCCGAUGGGCAGGGCAGGGGAGCCCGAGGACGUGGCUGGCCCCAUCAUGUUUUUCCUCGGAGACGAAUCGUCGUAUAUUACAGGGGAGGUUCUUGCCGUGAGUGGAGGCGCGAAGUAA